AUGGUAGCGCAACAGAUACUCCUGAGCGCUGGUGAUGUGCUCCCUCCGGAGCAGGUAGCCUUGCGCAAAGGAAUCUGGGGCUGCACCCAUGCGCACAUUUUGGAUCAGACUAUCUGUAAAGACGCCUUAAGGCGCAAAAACGUACUACACACCUUAUGGGUAGACAUGACCAAAGCCUUCGACUCCGUGUCUCAUGGCGCUAUUAAGUGGAUCUUGGCAAGAGCCGGAGUGGCCUCCCCUACAAGGAGGCUGCUCUCGGUUAUCAUGUCCAAGCAAAGCGUCAGGUAUUGCGGACGUCAAAAUGGCAAAAUGGUCAAGAGUGAACCAAGAGGAGUGAUGCAAGGGGAUACCCUCAGUCCGCUCCUCUUCUGUAUGGCCAUAGCUCCUAUAUCGGCGUGGCUACGUAACAACGUUAGCCCGUAUAGAACAUCCACCGGAGCUCUGACUUUGCCAGAAGGACCCCUAGAGAUCAACCAUCUCUUCUAUAUGGAUGAUCUAAAGGUUUACUCGCCCAGAUGGGAUGAUAUAGUGAAAGCCCAAGAGGGCAUCCAGAAAGUGGCUGGAGAGUUAGGACUUCGAAUGAAUCCCAGCAAGUGUGCUGUGAAUUCACUGAACCACCCCCCGCCACUGGUCACAACACCUGGGAUGGAGAGAUACCUGUCCUAG